AUGUAUCCUGUACGGAUUUUGUAUUUCUGUUAUAAGAUCGGCACCAGAGGAGCACUAGCAGAGCCCCAUGAUAAAACCGAAGCGCAUUGCUCAACGAGUAUCAUGGAACUACGCUCUCCUUUGCCAUAUCCUCUUAUUGGUUCUGCCAACAUGCCGCAAAAUCCGGUGGUUGCGAAUUGGUUCCUGAUUUAUGGUUCAAAUCUCCAUGUUUGGCUAGGAAGUCGAGGAUGA